AUGGCCCUUGAUGUCCGGACGAGCAAGCCGGCACAGCCAAACCCUUCCGGUCAAAAGGGACCCACUCCAGACGAUGUCCAUACGCAGUUCAUCGACUCUCACACCCGCAACAACCGGACGCGGAGAUGGGCGCGGAGCCGUCCAGACGCUUUCCCGCCACCCGACACGGGCCAGGCCCCGAGUGGACCGGGUGGCGAAAAAUCAUCGACCGCCGAAUAA